AUGCAGGUGGAGAGGAAAUGGCACAUUCUGUUGACAAUCUUCUUUCUGCUCAUCACUUCGGGCCAGUGCAUGGACAGCAAGGACGUCAAGCAGAAAGAAAGAAGGACCCUGUUGGAUCUAAUCUUACAGGUUAUCAGAGACCGCCAGCACCGGGUCAAACCCAUCUCCAGGCGCUGUAGCAGUGGACUCUUCACUUCAGCCCAAGACAUGAAAUUCUCCUCCCAUGAAAAGCCUUUCUAUGUUCCUAGGCUGGAUAACAGUAGACUCAUAGAAAUUGUUCCUAGAGAUGUGAACAUGAAAAGCAAAUUCAUUCAGCAUUUCACAGCAGGACCAGUCAAGUUCUCGUCGGAGUGCAGAACACACUUUCAUAGACUUUAUCACAACACAAGGGAUUGCUCAAGACCAGCAUAUUACAAAAGAUGUGCAAGAUUGCUAACACGAUUAGCAAUGAGUCCACUCUGCAUGCAAUCGUAG